CGGGAAGGAGAUGAGGGAUAUCGAGCUUGAGAAAACGCUGAAGAGACCGGGGCUCAGACUAGGAAUCAUCCGGAGAAGCCCAGAUACCCGUAGGGUAUUUUGCACAGGAGGCGCCAAGAAACCAACCCAGCCAGGCACCGCCCUUCCCAGUUGAGUCUCCACGGCAACGGGAACUGGAAAGCGAAAGCGGAACCAUUUCACCUCCAGCUUUAGGCCGAGCAUCUCCACCGAGCUCUGGCAAGUCGCUUUCCUCAGGGUUGCAGCGCAGCGAGGCGCGCCGAGGGUCCCCGAGCACGUUCGUGCGCCCCGAAGUGGCCGUCGGGGGCGCGGCAGGUCUGGCUCCCACGCGUGGGGACACGGGCUCCUUGACUCCCGCGGCUGAACAGGCUGAGACUCACGGGACCUGUGUGCCAUCUCAUCGUCUUGACAUCUCGUCGUCAGCAACUGGGUGAAAGGCAGAUUCUGGACCGUGCAUCUUCUGGGCCAUCACCACCUCCGGCUUAGUCGUUUUCUGAAUCCCACUAUGGCAUCAGCAUUGAAGAUCAAAGAUCCCACAGUUUCUGAGAGAACAGUUGUAGUCUCUGGACUUCCAGUUGGCCUUUUAAAAGACCAGUUAGUAAAGCGCUACUUUCAAGAUGAGGGUGGGAAUGUGGAAGAGGUGAUAUAUCCAUCAAGAUCCAAAGGAGUGGCAUAUAUCAUCUUCAAGGAAAAGAAAGUUGCGCAAGGCGUCAUCAGACAAAAGAAACACGCUCUAGGUUCAGAGCCUCGGCUCACAGUCUCUCACUUCAGUGAAAAGGUUUUCAACUAUGUGAUGGCCAUUCUCGAUUUGUCUGUUUUUCGCACUCACGUUGUGCUAGAAAGCUUAGUAGUGGACCUGAAAAAGAAAAUACCAACUUUAAACUUUAGCCCAUUGGGACCCAGUGGGAAAAUCUCCGUGCAAGGUUCAUUUCUGGCCAUCAUGAAGCUCAAACAGGCUUUGCUCUCAAAAGCCAUUUCCCCUUUAGAAAACAACAGGAAAUAUGCUGGUGAAAGGAGAAACUGGAAUGGACAGAAUCCUAGAAGGAUCCUGCAGAAGAGCGAGAACUCUGUGUCGAUACUCGGGACUUCUGUACCUGAGCCUGCCAGCAGCCCAGAAACACUUGUGCUUGAUACAGAUAUUUUCCUUUACCUGAAACACAAGUGUGAGUUUUAUCAUCUAACCCUGAGCAAAUACCAUGUCCUGUGUCAAGAGAGGGUGGAUGGGGAUGUCACUACCAUUUGUCUACAAGAUGCCCGGGAUGGGUCUUGUCCUGGUGGCAUCAGACAUGUAAAAGAAUUCAUUGAAGAGUGUGUCCAGGAGUUCCACCUGGAGCUCAGAAAAGAGCUACUGGUUUUGGAAGGAAAGGGAGAUAGAGAGAAAAGAAACAUUAGGCAGGCUUUAGAAGAACUGUGUUGCAGAUAUCCUAGAGUUUUGACGAACGUUCACAGCACACAUAUUGACCUUAUAGGACCUCCUUCCGAUACAUACCUAUUUAAGACCCAGCUCAUGAAAUCUGCAGGGCAGAAGGUCACCUGAAGUCUCAGCCACAGUUAUCAUGGUCACUCCCCCUGCCGCUCCCCAACCCAGGGUGCAGGAGAUUUAGGGACAUGACACUACUUGUCCAAAGUUACCCAGCUGACAAAGGACUGGACCAGCCUUGAAUAGAAAGCAAUAUCUAAAUCAAACCUUGAUAAAAGAACUCACUAAAUGUUGAAGAAAUCUCACUUUCCCUCCAAAUCCAAAAUUAUUAGGAAAAGAAGGCUUCCCCUGCAUAGGUUUGCAUGACUAUACGGUGUUGCUAAGCUCUCAGGGUUUGUAUUCGCUCCAUAUAGCAUUAGAAUGUUGGCCAAGCUCACUUGGGAAAGUUGUGGUUCUGUUAGAAUUGUGAGAGAAUCUUAGGAGAAGUCUGUGUGAUGGCUUUUGUGGGUAGUUCUCGCUUUACGGUAGUGUGUCGUCUAGAUAAGCAUUGUAACUUGUAAACAUUGUGAAUCGGAAAUGCAGUGAAGGAGCAACAGCUUACCCUGGUUGCUGUGUUGACUGACAGCUCAGGCUCAUUGUUGCUGCUUGGAACUGCUAUAGAGCACCAGCCUGGGAAAGAUCCAAUGUCUGAAGUACGAUUUCUACUGACUCUUUAUUCCUUUUGCACCAUAAUAAAGUUAGAACUUACAGAAAA